GUGCUGCUGACGGCAGCCGUGGGGUGCCGGGGCACCCUGCCCGGGCACGGAGCUGCCCCGACACCCCCCUGCACCUGCGCCGCUCCCCGCAGCGCCCCGGCAUGACCCAGCCGCAUCGGCCACAAGGAUGAAGUGUUGCUGCCCUGGGGUGGCUUGGGUGACCUUGGCAGCGCUGUGGCUGGCAGCCAGCGAAUCGCAGCCCCCAGGGUGGCGGGACCGCGCCGUGCUGCGAGGGCGGCGGGUCCUGGUGCAGCCACUCCUCCGCCUGAGGAGACACACGGACAGACGGCAGUGCCCUGACGGCAUGAACUGGGUGGAGACUGCUCGUCAGUGCUGCCCUCAGUGUCCCGCAGGGACAUUCCUGAGAGAGGCCUGCGUGUGUGAUCCCUGUCCUGCCGGCACCUUCCGCACCCGGCCCAACACCCUCAGCGAGUGCGAGGCCUGCUACGAGUGUGACCAACACGCUUUCCAGAGUGUGCUGAGCAACUGCUCGGCCACCAGCAACAUCGCUUGUGGCUGUGAGCCCGGCCGAUUCCGUGAUUGCGUUGACACGCUGUGCACCGAGUUCUCUUGCAAGAAGUGCCAGACCUGCCCUGGACGGCUCAUCCAGCGACCCUGCUCAGAGUUGCAGGACGCACUUUGUGACAGCAGCUGCAAGCCUGACUUCUACAAAGAGGGUGAUGAAUGCCGGCCAUGUCACAUGCGCGCCGUGGACACGUGUGGCAACGAGUGCCAGCAAGUGUGCGGCAGCAACAACAACAAAGGCUCAGGUCUGGAGUACAUCCUACUGGGACUCACCGGGCCUCUCUUCCUGGGUGCCCUGGCCAUCUACCACAAGAGGAAGAGGCUCUGGCAUGGGGGUGGUCCCCACCCCAUGGCACAGGCCACCACCUCAAUGCCCGGGGCUGCAGCCACACCAUGGUACCAGUUCAACGCCUGGAGGUGGCACAACCCGUGCUGGACCCACCCAUACUCCCCACAAGAGACAGGGCGAGGCACUGGCGCAGCAAAGAAGAGCUUCCAACAGGAGGCGUUGCUGCGUGAGCCACCCAGUGAGGAAGGAAAGCCCUCCUCAUCCCCAGAGCCCCGCGGCGCCUUGCUGCAGGGCAGCCAGCUCUACGCCGUCAUCGACGUGGUGCCAGUGCGGCGCUGGAAGGAGUUCAUGAGGAUGCUGGAGCUGCGGGAGGCAGAGAUUGAGCUGGUAGAGCUGGAGGUGGUGCACAUCCGUGACCAGCAGUACGAGAUGCUGAAGCGCUGGUGCCAGCAGACCAGUGCCACGCUGGACCAAGUCUUUGCCGCCCUGGAGCGCAUGGAGCUGGCUGGCUGUGCUGAGGCACUGCGCCAGAGUCUGCCCGUGGGACCCUGACCCCAGCGCCAGCACCCUGGCACAGGGAGGGCCCGACACCUCCGCACAUCACUGGGCACCCAGCCACACCCCUAAGUAUUGUUACUUAUGCCGUGUAGACAUUUUAUGUCAGUUUUAUGUCCCCUUCCCACCUGCCUGUUCCCCCUAUUUAUGUCCUCCUGCCCCCAGGGCCGGGGAGGACCCCAUGCCCCAGCACAUCGUCGGCUGCCCAGCCCCUCGCGGGACGAGCGGGCACCGAGCCCACCCGAACCCAUGGGAUAGUUCUCAAGGCUGCCCCUGCCGGGCGCUCCUUCCCCUCCCCAAUAAAGUGGUGUGUUCUCCA